AUGCCUCGAGCCAAACGAUCGAAGCAAUAUCGGAAGCUCAUGGAGCAAUUCUCCAUGAGCUUCGGGUUUCGAGUACCGUAUCAAGUCAUUAUAGACGCCGACUUUAUUGCAGAAGCAAACAAAUGCAAGAUGGAUGUGAUACGCCGAUUAGAAGAUACUCUACACGGUGAAGUCAAACCUCUGAUUACUCAAUGUUCAAUGCGACAUCUCUACGGACGGAAAUCAGAACCAGGUGUGGAAGCAGCCAUAGAACAAGCAAAGAAUCAUUUCGAGCGACGACGAUGCGGCCACCAUCCCGACGAGUACCCAGAACCACUGAGCACACUUGAGUGCCUACAAUCCGUUGUCGAUCCAAAAAACAAUGGAGUGAACAAGCACCGCUACGUCUGCGCUAUCAACGACGAGAAUGUCAGGGCAAAGCUACGACAGGUGGCAGGAACGCCUAUGGUAUUCAUUAGGAGAUCUGUUAUGAUUAUGGAGCCAAUGGCAACAGUCAGCGUGAAGAUCAGAUCUAAAGAGGAAAAGAGCAAGUUCAGGGCGGAGCUCAAGACGCCUACUAGCAAAAGGAAGAGGGAGGACGACGAUAGUGAUGAAGAGGAAGAUGCGAAACGAGCUGCGCCAAGAUCAGCAGAGGCGGACAAAUCCGAAAAGAAGAAAAAGAAGGCUCAGGGUCGUAAGGAACCUAACCCUUUAGCCGUCAAGAAGAAGAAAUCGAAGCCUACCGGAAACCCGGAUAAGCAACAUUCGAAAGAACCAAAGGCCGAGGAAGCAGUCGUAGCAGAGGCAGAUCAGACAGAAGCACCAAAGCGAAAACGUAUACGAAAGCACAAGAGCAAAAGUGUUUCUACGAACGAUGAAGCAACCACUGCGUCCGGCAAUGGUGAGGCGCAUGUAGUAGAGGCAGAAGAUUAA